AAGCAACUUCCCUUUAACUAGAGAUAAAGCAGCUCUGAUUCUGAGGAUCUGAAAAUCACGCCAAAUAUCACUUUCAUUUCCGUUAAAACUUCUCAGCGGAAACUUGAAGCGAAAGUGUGAAUUUAGCUUUAUGGUGUGGAAGAGUGAAAAAUAAACUGUAGACAGUUCUGUAGAAAUAAAAAAGGAUAAUGGCUCCUUCAAGCAAAGCUGAGAAGAAGGCUGCAGUUGAUGCAGCAGCAUGGAUGUUUAAUGUAGUCACUUCAGUUGGUAUCAUCAUUGUCAAUAAGGCGUUAAUGGCUACUUAUGGCUUCAGCUUUGCUACAACGUUAACUGGUUUGCAUUUUGCUACCACAACCUUGAUGACGGUUGUUCUUAGAUGGCUGGGAUACAUACAACCUUCUCAUCUACCUCUUCCAGAGCUUCUCAAGUUUGUCUUAUUUGCAAAUUUUUCUAUUGUUGGGAUGAAUGUCAGUCUAAUGUGGAAUUCAGUGGGAUUCUAUCAGAUUGCAAAGCUGAGUAUGAUCCCUGUGUCCUGCUUAUUAGAAGUUGUGUUCGACAAGAUCCGAUAUUCGAGAGAUACAAAGCUUGGUAUUGUGGUUGUUCUCCUUGGGGUUGCUGUCUGCACAGUGACAGAUGUUAGUGUUAAUGCAAAAGGGUUCAUUGCUGCAUUUAUUGCAGUCUGGAGUACCUCUCUUCAACAGUAUUAUGUUCAUUACUUACAACGUAACUAUUCGCUUAGUUCCUUCAAUCUGUUGGGACACACUGCACCAGUACAGGCUGCAUCUCUGCUGCUGUUAGGUCCCUUUCUGGAUUAUUGGUUGACUAACAAAAGGGUUGAUGCCUUUGACUUUAAUAUACCGUCCAUGGUGUUCAUAAUCCUUUCGUGCACUAUUGCCGUGGGGACUAACCUUAGUCAGUUCAUCUGCAUUGGCAGAUUUACUGCUGUCUCAUUCCAAGUUCUAGGUCAUAUGAAGACCAUCCUUGUACUGAUCCUUGGAUUCUUAUUUUUCGGGAGAGAAGGCCUUAAUUUACAAGUCGUUUUUGGCAUGAUCAUUGCCGUUUUUGGAAUGAUUUUGUAUGGAAAAGCCUCGUCAAAACCCGGAGGGAAGGAACGACGAAGUCAUUCAAUUUCCAGAAGCAGCCAGCAAAAGCAUGGACUAUCAGAACCUUCAGAAGUUGAUGAAAAGGUCUAAACAUUCUUGCACCUCAAGUUUAACAUACAAACGAUAGAUGAUACCAGGAAAUUUUUUAUCAUUGGACUUGAGAUAUAUUUGUCAAAAAUCAGUUUUCUAGUGAUUUUUUUAUACAUUUUUCUUAAUUUAAUUUCUUUGAAGUGGAUGGAUAUAUUGUGACAAGGCCUUAAUAACUCAUUUUUAAGUUUCUUAGUCAUAAA